AUGGAGAGUCGAGUUCGUCAGGUAGGGGACGAAAAUCGUGCUGGCAUAUACGUAGCCAAAACGAAUGACUUGGUAUCUGGCAAAGAAUCUAAGCGCGCAGCUUUGCAGACGGUAACGAAUACCGCCGCUGCAGCUGGCCAGGCCAAGUCGUCGGCCAGUACCCAACUGAGGUCUCAAACUAGCGCGCAGUCCACCGCUGGCGGUCAACGACUAAAGCGCAAACUAGCGCCCUUGCAUAGCUAUUAUUCACAACCCACUGCAUCCUCCACCGGCUCGGGCGUCGGCCUAGGUAUUUCUAUGUCGUCCUCGGGCGCUGUGGCCGCACAGCGCUCUCAGUCCCUUUCUAGCACAAGCCAAGGAUCUCGUCCUGUGGUUAAUUCCUCCUCUGCUGCCGCCGCUGCUGCCGCUGCUGCUGCUGUGGCCGAGUCCCUCGAGGACAGCGACGAUACAAUCGAAAUGUCUUCUUCUCCCGCGAUGUCCGUCGAUGAGCCCCAUAUGUCGGCCAUCCAGGAGAAUCUGAGCUCCGGUGAAGACGAGCUAGAUAUUGAUUCCGACGAUGUUGCCGCCGACGCUGCUGCCGACGCUGCUGCGGCCGCGGCCGCGGAGAAUGCCCACCAGAGUAACCCCCAUGCUCUCAUGCCCCACUUUUCAGCAGAAACCUAUGCACAGUUCGAAGAAGCCGCUCGUAGAGUGCAGCUUACACCGGGCCUGCUCGACAAAGACGAUGAGGACAUGUACGACGUGAGUAUGGUAGCCGAAUACGCCGACGAAAUUUUCCAGUAUAUGCGGGAAUUGGAGUCAAGCAUGCGCCCCGACCCGUCGUACAUGGCCCAGCAGCGUGAGAUCCAGUGGUCUAUGCGCUCUAUCCUUAUUGACUGGCUUGUCCAGGUGCACCACCGCUUCAAUAUGCUGCCCGAAACGCUAUUUCUGUGCAUCAACUACAUUGACCGAUUCCUUACUGCAAAAGUGGUCUCCCUAAGCAAACUCCAACUUGUCGGCGCUGUCGCCUUGUUUUUGGCUGCUAAAUUCGAAGAAAUCUCCUGCCCCAGCGUGGGUGAAAUCGCCUACAUGGUAGACCACGGCUACACCUCCGACGAAAUCCUCAAAGCUGAGCGAUAUAUGAUUGACAUUCUAGAAUUCAACCUUGCUUUUCCUGGGCCAAUGUCCUUUUUACGCAGAACUUCUAAAGCAGACGACUAUGAUCUGGAAACCCGCACCCUCGCAAAGUACCUUCUCGAGGUAACGAUUAUGGACCAGCGAUUUGUAGGCUCUCCGCCUUCAUGGACAGCUGCUGCCGCACAUUAUUUGGCGCGCCAUAUGCUUCAAAAGGGUCCAUGGACGCCCGCUCAUGUUUAUUUCUCUGGUUACACCUCAGAACAGCUCCUCCCCGCAGUGGGGGUGCUCCAAGAGUGUUGCAUGAACCCCCUCGAACACCACCGUGCUAUUUACGAAAAGUACAGCGACCGCAAAUUCAAAAAAGCGGCCCUAUUCGUUGCUGAUUGGAUCCGCAGGUCCGCCGUGUAUUGA